CAUUUUUUUGGAGUUGAAAAUAAUCGUCCACCCUUCUCUCGUCGCGAUAGGUGGAGUUUUAAUAUUUUCCUACCUAAAUUCGAAUAAAUAAUGCUCUCUUUUCACUUUUGGAAAGUAUUUUAGUAGUGCCUAAUUAGCAUCUGUAGAUAACGCUACACUGUGCCGUUACUUAUACAGUUUCGUGAUAGUGAAACAAAGGCUGAGUGGUUUUUUUAGGUGUUCGUAAUUGUGACCAUGAAACCAUUGUGCUACAAAUCUGUAAACCCAUAAACGAUGAGUGCGAGUGUCGCGGAGGAUGCCUCCAGUCCUCUACCGGACGGGCCGAGCGUUGUGGAUCCAACCGUCUGUAAAUCACCGAGCCGUGACAGCCUAGAUAAUUCCAACAAGAUUCAAGAUGAGAAAGGAAAGGAGGCUGAAACUUCCCCUAAAGUGCACCCCAUGGCUUUCACCAUCGACUUCGGCGAGGGGAAGCAAGUCGACAAGAGUAGACUGGAGGAGCUGGCUCAGAAGUCAAAGGCGAGACAUCAAAGGAUACAGUCGAUGUCUGCGAGCCUCACGCGGCCUGCCCCGGUGGUCACCAAGCCGCCCGUCAGCGCUAAACUGCCGCGGAAAGCCCAAGGGUACAACUCUGAAGGCUACUUCUCAUCAGACCAGGAAGACUGCCUCUCCGGCUCCAUCAAGCUAAAACAGAGUCCACUGGCACAAAAUGUAGAUAGAACGCACAUAACCAGCCCCAAUACUCAUAGGAAUCUUAAGUCGCCAAUCGUAGAGCCUCUUUUAGCGAAGAGAGUGUCCAAAAGCCCAAUUGUUGACAGUAUAAUGUCGAGAAGUGAUAUCCUUCCUUCCAGGCAAAGCCUGAACCUUCCAUUGAAGAACACAAACAGUUCCUACUUGAGGGAUGUCCACAGGACACCUAGCUACGGCAACCUUGCAUCCAGUUAUCAACCUAAAAGUACAAUGCCAGAUAUUAUUAGCCCUGAAGCGGUUAUGUUGACUGAUAUCUCUAGUCCAGAGUUAGAUAUACUAACACCAGAUAAUGGUUUGUCCACUCCUGAGCAUGGACCAAGAAGCCCAGUUAUUCGUAAGGCAAGAGCCAUGUCAGAAACUCCAGAUAUGUUGUUUAAAAAGGUGAUUGAAACCACUUUGUUUAUUGAUGAUGAAGUGGAUAGGGAGUCCAAUAAUUCAUCAACUGGGACUUACACUAUAGAGGGAGAUAACUACACUGAGGAACAGAAGGCUAGAAUGAGUAUUGAUAGAAAGUUUGGAUCAGAUAUGUUGACAGAUACAAUGAAGGAUACAUUGAAAAGGCAGGCUGCUGGUGAAUCAGACCCAGAACUUGUAUUUGACUAUCCCACUGCCAUAACUAAAGAGCCUCGAAAAUUACGAAGUCCACUAUUAAGCCAAGAGACUUUUGACAUACCCACAAAGGUGUCAAAAGAGAAGAAUGUUCUAGAAAUAUCAUGCUGUUACGAAUCUCCUACAGACCAUGACCUGGCUGCUCAAACUAGUAAACAAAUUAAGUCAACUAGGAAUUACUUAGAAAAAAUAAAAAACAGGGUACGAACCAUAACAGAGAAAACAUUCGCAAAACAUGAACCGGAACCUGAUCUUGGUAACUUCACUUCUGUCACCACAUCAGGUGUGCUAAGCUCUAAGGCUCCUGUUAAAAUCGAAUUUCACAACCGCAGACGUUGCAGUCUAGCGAAGUCAGAAAUAGACCAAACCGAUUAUGUACAUAGACUAUCACGAGAAUCAUCCGUACCCAUAUCAUUGAGCACAACAAAACCUCCAUUUGAAGAAGCAAAGUUUGAAAGCACGGCUCUGCGUAACACUUUGAAAGCUUUACGGGAUGACUGCGGGGACCACGCUGAGAUAUCUCAGGACCAAGUAGUAGGGAAGCUGUCCAAUAUGAGCCUAAACCGGUGUAAAGGAGACAAGACGUGGAUCCAGGAUUGGGCUGAGAGUGUUAAGGAGUAUAACAACAAUUCCCUCAGCAAGGAACCUGUUUUGACUAGUGUUUUUGUUGGUGAUCCUGACAGGAACCCUUUGAGCCCUAGAUGGGAUGUGAAUAAGUGCGGGUCCCGCGCCUCGCUGUCGUCAGCUGCUACGCCCACCAAGAUCCCGAGCCCGGUGGGCACCCUGCACCGGCGGCAGACACCGGACCUUAUCCCUGCCACGCAAGACACCGAAUCGUAUCUCCAAAAGACGCAAAACGCCAUCACGAACCUACAAGCGAAACUGCACACGUCCAGAAACACUCCAAACCCAUUCAAUAUGGCGGCUUCACUCACCUCCAGUCUGCACACGGAUAAGACUGUCAUAUCCCGCCUCCCUGUAUCCCAGUUGAGCAGGUCCAACUCCUUAAACUACCGUCUUAAGAGGAAAACUGCAGAACCGGGCAGUCCUUUGAGAAAUCCCGGCAAUUACGUCAUCACCGGUUCAGGGAAAGUUCCAGAAAGCACGAGACUGCUUCUGAACAGCGCGUCAAGGUCUCUAGAUACGGAUCAGAAGAACGAUGCUAGUCUGUACAGUCCGUCGUCAGAUAGGCCUGUGGCACUGAGUAAUUUGAACGUAAAACAACACACACGGCACAAAUCCUUUGAUAGUAAAGAGGGUAAUGUCUGUAGUGAUUUAAGGAACUCGUAUUCGAUGCAAGGGCUUAAAACUGUGAAUAAUAAUGAAAAGAUUGAUCAAUCCCGUAACCUAGGCGAUAAGAAAGCGGGCCAUCAAAGGGUGUAUAGCGACGGCAUAGACAAGCCAUUGAAGAUCUUAUACACUCCGUGUAACGUCGCUUUUGGGUCGGCCAUGCGACGAUCCAGCUCUUUUAAUACUGUCAGACAAAAUAAUAAUUACAUUGAUUCUGGAAGGAUUAUGAAUCCGGAAAACUCACCCGAUCUAAGAUACAAAAGACCGUUAGUGCGAGAUUUGAAAUCUGUAGCGCCAAGCAAUUCGCCAAGAUGUCCGAAUACGCCGGAAAUGCAAAGGAAAUUCGGGCCGGGAUUGGUCAGGAACUCCUGCCGCUUGACCAAUGAGAAGCGGCCGUUGAACUCGCGGAUGUCUGAACCGCCAAUCAGCAGAGAGGAGCGGUCGAAGCCAACCAAUCACCACAGCCGGCGGGUGUCGGAGCCGAGGCAAGUGGCAACGAAUAGGCUGACCAAGUCCAGGUCUUCUACAAGGGAGUUUCAACCUAAAGGACAGGACAAAGGCCACAAACCCAGCCAGCACCGUUCCUCCUCAGCCCUGGCCACCAAGGAGGUUGAGUUCACCAACUGGAAGCGACGAGCGACAUAUGACCCCAUGCGAGCCGCGCAGGAGGGAAAGAGAAAGGAGAAGGCGAAGAGAAACGGGUGCAGUAAGGAUGACUUGAGCAGUCCUAGCCACUCCUCUCCAGUGCACUACCCCAACUACAGUUCCGACCUCGACGACGACGCGACGAUGAGCUCCGACCACUCGCCGCCACCGGCACGGCAGACUAGGGACACGCAAAACCACUCAACAGACACGCUAAAACGCCAAGCGGACGCGGACAAACGAAAAACAUUCAUCCUCGAUGACGUCACACCCACCAGAGACAAUGUAGAGCUGUUCAAAGACACCAUAGAGAAACGGAAGACGUUUAUACUGGACAGUGAUACGAAUUCUACUACUAAUGGUAGCAGCCCGAGAAACUCAUCAAUAUUCAGCCACGAGAAGACAUCUCUAACCCACGCGAGUGACACCGACAACGAGAGCGGGACGGAGAGUGCUGAGGUAGUCAGACGACACCCUAGUGCGAGCGGGACGGCUAAUGUUAACAGAUACAGCGGCGACUACUCAAUGUCAUCAUCCACCACAUCAAUAACCCAAGGCAAGAAGAACAUCCAGCCGAGAUACCUGGAUAUAUCCAAGUACAAGAACGAGAGCAGUCCCAAGAACUUUCUGCGAAGGGACCCGAGCAAGACGUAUGUGAAUGUGCUGCCCAAUCAUGAGGGGAAGGUUAAUAAGGGCAGUGCACAGCAGUAUGAAUUAGAACAAAAGAAGCAGGAGCUGGAGAAGUGGAAGCGGCGCGCGUCCUACGACCCGCGCAAGGCCGCCGCCGCCGCCAAGAAGCAACCCGCCAGCACGUCCAGCAGUGUCCUCCGCUCACAAUCGUUCCACGGCCCGGUCUUAGCGUCAGCCACCCUGCGCUACCAGCCGCCGUCGACGCAAAUUGUUGAAUCCUACGACGUGUCCAGCGAUAACGACUUCUAAACACAACGGGUUGAGGUACAAAACUCCAUGGCAAAGUUUGGGUUGAAUCGAGAAGUGUCGAGCGACAAUGGCUUCUAAACACAUAACGGGUUAAGGUACAAAACUCCUUGGCAAAGUUUGAAUCGAGAAGUAAUUAAAUGACUAUUGUAAUGGCAAUAUUGAAAGUGUCUUAUUAAGACGUUACGAUCGAAAACGACUGAAAAACAAACGGCGAAUUUGUAUUGAAGUUAAAUUAUUACUUUCAGACCAUCAGAGUAGAUCAAACAUUUGUUUUAUAAAAAGGUAGACACACUUUUGUAGCUUUCUGAAUCGGCUGAAAGCUAAUUGGAGAUGGCGCCACUGAAGCUCUCUUGUGAUUGGUUGGACGAGCAGCCAUUUUGAUAAAUGGCAAAAUGGCAUUCUCUGAUUGGCCAGGCUAUCGUUCGUAGUGCUUUUGGUAGCCAUGUUUUGUCCUUAUUGCUGCAGCUUAAAGAGAAGUGUCAAAAACGUAGCGUUUUGUUACCAGAAUGGUAGAUAUUGUUAGAAUGACAGUCGGUUUCUUAAGUUAGUAUAAUUUUCACAAUGUUGGCGAAAUGCAUUUGUAAACAUUUAAUUAAUAAUUGCUAUGAUCUUAGCUUGUUAAUUAAAGUAAGCAAUUUGAAACGAACUAAACUUAAAAUAAACUUUGCUUUAUCUUUUUCAACACGUGGCUUUAGCACACGAAGAAAAAAAUAAUUCAGGUUACAAAAGUUAUGGUUUGGAGAAUAUUAGAAUGACUUUUGAAGCUGACUACUGAGUAAAGUUGUUUGUGUUUAGCUGUAGCCAACCAUUUAACGAAUUAAACUACGCUUAUAAUGAUGUAAAGGAAAUGUAUAGAAUUGGGUGUAGAUUUAGGCAGAACUGUCUUAAAAUAUCGGAGCUUAUUGGUCCCACUUCAUACAUUAAAAUAUAACACCAGUUAAAAGUGUUGUGUGUCGCAAGAUCUUGAGAUGUAAAAGCACCCACUCUUAAUAAUUGUUCGUCAUCAUUAGAGAAGCUCAAUUCUAUCCAAUAUAACCACUGCCAUUUUAGGAAUUUUCACAUUAAAUUUAAAGUCUACUUGAAUGGAAAUCAAGCAUACGGGAUGCCUAUGGUUAAUUUAUAAUAUUUAUUUCAGAUUAUUUAUUCGCUUAUAGUUAUUUUUAUACAUUGAGUGAUAAAAUAAUCAAUAAUUUCAGGAUUUUUAUAAUACGUCGGUAUUGCCGUGACCAGCGUAUUUUAGGACAGUUUUGCCUAGGGAUUGUGCAAACAUGGGAAUGGCUCAAAUGUUUGAGACACUUGUUAUUUUAUACUAUGUACGAAGAUUCUGUCAAAAUUAAGAUGCGUCUAUUUGAUUUUAGGACUGUGAUUAUAAUUUAUAGUAACUAUUUAUCAUAUAAAUUCAUUUCUAUUAACUGUUUUAUAGGCAAUAAUGAAUUUAAUAGCCAACAUUUAUAUUAUAUCUAAUGAUUUUUAAUAGUUACAGGUUACAGCUAUAAAACACAUUGAUUAAAAUAUUAUUUAAAAAUAAUUUUACAGUCACAGUCCUACGAUUAAAGUUAGUCUGAAAACGAUGUGAUAUGUGUAUGUAAUAGGAUUUAUAUAGGGUUUGUACGUUAUUAAAAAUUAUACCUUAAUAACUGUUGUCGGAAUGUUCAAUUGUUCUAAUUAACUGAGAUUUCGUAAUACAUUAAUCGGAUUUGAUACAAAAAGACUAAACUUUCAGUCAUUUUGUAAAAAAAACGAAAGUGAUGAGAUUUUUCGGGAUUAACUUUGGGUUUAGCAAUUCCAUAGGUAUAUUUAUAAAAUGGAUUGUUUUUGUGCAAAUAUCAAUAAGAAAUCGUAUUUGUUAGUUGCUGAUAGAAUUUUUAGUGAAAUUAUUAAAUUUUAGAUGUUGUAUGUAAGGUAGUUGAUGUCUAUUUUUAUUUCUUUGUACAGUCAAGACCAAAAAGACUUAAGUAUAAUAUUAUGUUUAAUGAAUCGGUAUUCUUAGUUUUCAUAUUAUUCGUUUAUUUUUAAUGUUUUGUAUUACUUAUCUUUAUCUUGUUCUCAUACUUAUGGGUUUCCAGUUUUGGCCAUGACUGUAUCUCUCUAAUAAACUUUUUAUGAAAUAACUAAAUUAAUGUUGUUAGCUCAAAUACAAUGCGAUUUGUUUAUACAUACUUUAUGUUUUCGCCUAGAAUCCGUCCGAUCAUCAAAAUAUUUAUGAAAUUGUAUUCUAACAGUGAAAUAGGAGAGAAAAAUCUACGCAAAUGCUUCAAUGCUUAUUUCUCUAAAAUAUCUGUAAUAAGUAUGUUAGAAAAAACGGAAUUAUAUAAAAUUGUUGCUAUUUUUAAAUAUCAGUUUAUAACUGCUUUCGAAACAAAAUGUUUGCUAUCUAAAGAUAACGUUUAAAGUGGGAGAGUUUUACUUUUACUAUAAGUAAAUUUAAUGGGCAUAAUAUUAUAUACUUACUGUGCAAUAGUAUAUUAUGUAGAAAGGCGUGAAAUGUAUCAAGUCUUUAUAUUGCUGUAUAGUAGAAACUUGAUAUUAAAAUAUAAUUGGCAUAAUACGGUGAUGCGAAGCUUAGAUAAAAAGUAGAAUCUUGAAAUAAAACUGUGAAAAUUCUAUUAUGUAACUCUUAACCAUUUUUGCGAAAGUGCGAUGAAAACAAUAAUUUUGUUAUUAUCUAUGAAUUUCUUAAUAAUAUGAAAUUGGUAGUUUUGCUUGUUUUGGCCUACCAUGAUAUAUCCUUUCUAUGAUCAAUAUUAAACUUUCUGCAAAUGUUUAAACUACUGGCAUUGAAGAACAAAAAACAAUAAUUUUUUAUGUUCUUGAAUUUUUUUAUUUUUGGACUUUAUAAAAUGAUUUCUUUGGUUAAAUUAUUUAGUAGUUUUGAAUAUUCCUUAAUUUGUGAUGACGACUACGUCGGAAUUAUACAUCGAUUCUCAUAUAAAAUAUAUUUACCUAAUUAUUUACUUCUUGUCUUUAACUUUAUUUACGCAGUCAUGUUUGUAAUUUUUCGUUAUAUUAAUAAUGCGUUUAGUUCGUGCUAUGUUGUACAUAUUAAUACUAUGAUAAAUAAAAAAGUCAUAAGAAAAUAC